AUGAAAGUCCAGGAUUAUGAUCAGAGAGGAAAUAUUCUGAUUGGUGGAAUCAUAAACCUUAUCAAUGCCGAGCCUGACCCUGCUGACUUCAGAAAUCAUCCCAGCAUGUGGAAAGUCAAAGAUUACCGUAUUUUGCCUGAAGGAAAUACGGAGGUCCUAGCCUUGGCCUAUGCUAUAAAUGAGAUCAACAUCAACCCAAAGAUUUUACCAAAUGUGACUCUGGGAUUCCACAGCCAACAUACCUACCAUAUUCAGAGAAGAAACUAUCAGAACAUCCUGAGAAUUCUGUCUGGCUCAGAGACGAAUGUCCCGAACUAUAUUUGUGAUGUCCAGAAGAAACCAAUAGCUUUCAUUGGAGGACCAGACUCUGAAACAUCUCUUCUAAUGGCUGGCAUCUUAACUACCUACAAGAUUCCCCAGCUCCAUCAUUUCCUGAGGAGAAUUUCAUUUAACAGCUCUGCUGGGGAGAAGGUGUCUUUCAACAAAAAUGGCCAACUUUCAGCUGGCUUUGAUAUCAGAAACUGGGUUUAUUUCCCAAACAAGACCUUCUUAAGUCUAAAAGUUGGAAGGAUGAAUCCCCGGGAUUCGGGAGACAAGGAGUUAAUUAUCAGUGAAAACAGCAUAGUGUGGCAAAGCAUCUUCAAUGCGGUGACACCUUCUUCUCUCUGCAAUGAGAAAUGCCAACCCGGUUACAGCAAGAAAAAGCAGGAGGGGAAACCAUUUUGCUGCUAUGAUUGUAUUGCAUGUCCAGAUGGAAAGAUUUCAAACAAGACAGAUAUGGACGAUUGUUUCAAAUGCCCAGAAGAUCAGUAUUCAAAUAAAGAGCAGGAUCAAUGCCUUCACAAACGCUUAAACUUUCUUUCUUACUACGAAAUGUUGGGCAUUACUUUGUGUCUUUUGGCCUGUUGUUUGGCUGUGAUCACUGUGGUGACACUUGGAAUAUUUAUCAAGCAUCAAGACACUCCCAUUGUCAAAGCCAACAAUCGUGAUCUGUCAUAUGUUCUACUAACUUCUCUCUUCUUCUGUUUCCUCUCAUCCCUAUUAUUCAUUAUCCAGCCUGGGACAGUCAUCUGCCCUCUUCGACAAGUGGCUUUUGGCCUCAUCUUCUCAGUGGCUGUCUCCUGUGUUUUGGCCAAAACCAUGACAGUGGUUGUGGCUUUCAUGGCCACUAAGCCAGGAUCUAGGAUGAGGAAAUGGGUGGGGAAAAGACUGUCCUUCCCCAUUGUUGUUUCGGGCUCCCUUAUUCAAGUAGUUAUUUGUAUCAUCUGGCUAUGUACUGCUCCUCCAUUCCCAAAUGUUGAAAUGCGCUCUCUGGCUCAGGAAAUUGUGAUUGAGUGUAGUAAAGGAUCUGUUGUUAUGUUUUAUUGUGUUCUGGGAUUCUUGGGAUUCUUGGCUCUGGUGAGUUUCAUUGUCGCUUUCUUUGCAAGGCAUUUGCCUAGCACUUUUAACGAAGCCAAAUUUAUCACUUUCAGCAUGUUGGUCUUUUGCAGUGUUUGGCUAUCAUUUGUUCCAUCUUAUCUGAGCACCAAGGGCAGAUAUAUGGUAGCUGUGGAGAUCUUCUCCAUCCUGUCUUCUGGUGCUGGAUUAUUAGGUUGCAUCUUUGCUCCUAAAUGUUUUAUUAUAAUUCUGCGGCCUAAACUAAAUAGCAAAAAUCAUGUAAUAACUAGGCAUGGUGAGGAGAAAUAG